GAGAGAGGAGAGCUGCGUUAGUGAGGCGUUCAACUUUGUGGCAGUCACAGUUCUUCCCCAGAGCUUCGCGCCGCCCGUAGUGCCUGAACAUCGCCCACACAGAGGCGCCAGUUUUGAGCAGACGAUAUUGACUAGAAAGCAGCAUAUCCAGCAUGGAGAAAAUGGAGAUCUCGACCAAUGGAGGGCGUAGCUUCACCGUCUACGUCCAGGGUGACCUAACGAAGGUGGACUCCCGCGCUGUCUUCCUCACCGUCCACGACAUGGGCUCCAACCACUCGUCCUGGGCAGAGUUUGUGUCCCACCCCGUAAUGCUGGAGACCAAGGAGCGCUCUGUCUUCAUUCACGUGGACAUCCCUGGACAGGAGGACGGUGCCAAGGACCUGCCUAACGACUACGUGUUCCCGACCAUGCAGAUGAUCGCUGAGGACCUCAUUGCCGUCCUGGACCAGCUGAAGGUGAAACUGGUGAUUGGUCUUGGUGAGGGAGCCGGCGCUAACAUCCUGGCUCGGUUUGGUAUGGCGUACCCUGACCGCUGCAUGGGGCUCAUUCUCAUCCACUGCACCUCCACUACCGCUGGGGUGAUGGAGCACUUCAAGGACAAGAUCAUCUCCUGGAAGCUGAACAGUGUGGGGAUGCAUCCAACAGCCGAGCAGUACCUCAUCUUCCACAAGUUUGGCCAUCGCUUAAUUGAGCAACUGGACUCUGCGGAGAACAAGGAGAGGCUGAUCAAGGAGUACCAGGACCGCCUUCAGAGCAAGAUCAACCCCAAGAACCUCAGGAAAUACGUUGAGGCCUUCCUGAAGCGCUCUGAUCUGUCUGGCAAACUGGAGUCCAAGCUGAAGGUGGAGACGCUGCUGGUGACGGGCGCCAAGGCCUCCCACGUCCACACAGUCCACACUAUGCACCAGAGUUGUAACAAGCAGAAGGCAUCGCUGCUCAAGAUUGAUGAUGUGGGAGAUGUGCUGGCUGAAUGCCCUGAGAAGUUUGCCCAGUCAAUGCAGCUGUUCUGCAAGGGCCUGGGUGUGCUGACCUCACUGCCGUUGAGUGGCGUGGACCGCCAGCGCACCUUCAGUGGCUCCUCCACGGAUGACGAGACGCGCCCACGCCGGCAGCGCACCAUGAGUAUGGAGGAGUACGAUACACCCAACCUGAGACGCUUCUCCUUCUCCUCCACUCAGACGGCCGCCAACUAGAGGCCGCAACCCCUUGCUGUCUGGCGGCCCUCACCAUGGCUCUUUCUCACCCCCUCCCCCCUCCCCCCCAGGCCACUGUGCCUUCCCCCCACACCCCACAGCCCCCAUCCCCCCCCAACCCAUGUGCAGUCUCCCCCUGGCCCAUACACACUUGGAGGCCUUUUUCCAAUGAUCCCCGGUGGGUGUGGCUUCUCCCCCCAGCACCAGUGCCCCCUCCGGAGGGAUGCAUUUAGCACCUGUUGACCCCUCGAGGCCUGGUGCUGGGGUGCAACUCCCUGAGGUUGACCUGGCCACCCUGCAGCCUGGGUCGUGAGGGAGGGCAGCCCCAAACACCCACAGUGGUGACCCGGCGCGGCGGCGCCCUCUCUGCAGCCGGGGCAUGCUGCGGGGUCAGGUCAAGGCUGCCACCCACCACAAGAGAAUGGCCUUUGUUGUGGAAUUGUUGAAUCCAAGUUAUAUAUAUAUAAAUAUAUAUAUAUAUAUAGAUAGAUAUAUAUAGAUCUAUAGAUACUUGCUGCCCCUCUUCGCCUCGGCCCGUUGGGAGGCGCAGGCGUUACAGUAAUAAUACACAACUACCUAGAGUGAGACAUUGAUCACAGUCAAGUAAUUGUCAAAAUGACGCGUGUUUGUAUGCACUGCUUGUGGCCAGAGAGAACAAGGCUUUCCAAAUCUUGUUUACAGCUCAACUCGUAGCCUCCAUAGCCGUGUACAUAACAACACCAGCGCUAGGCAGGCGCCGCCGUGCCGCUCAUUGUUGCUCUUGUUUUCUUGAGGUUUUUUGUACGCCCGCCACUGGUGCACUCCAUACCACACUACGCCACCCUCACCACUCCGUGGGGACACCAGCACUGAGGGGAAUGCCUUGCAUCACCACCACCACUUUUCAUACUGUUGCAAUCAAAUAUCACUAUCAAACAUUGAAAUAUUUGUACACUUUUUGUCAGACAUUCAGACUUUUAAUACUUUUGACAGAUGUUCAGAUUUUUUUAACAAUUUGUCAAAUGUUCAAAUUUCGUUUUACAUUUUUUGCAGAACUUUUUUUUUUUUAAUGUUCAGAUAUUUUACACACUUUUUUGUUGAACAUCUAAAUAUUUCCUAACAUUUUUCACCAAACAUUCAAACUGCCACACACUUGUCAUCAUUCAUGCUGCUUAUCAGUGGAGGACGACAGCCAGACGGUGGUGGCUCCCCACAGUGGAUGGUGCAGUGCUGCAGUGACUACCUAACUGUGAAUUGUUGAUCCUUGGUGCCGCUCAAGGACUGCCCUGCACCGGUCCUCGGCCAUAUGUCAAAACUUGUAUAUAGGACAUCACGUGUACUGUACAUCGCAGCAGGAGGUUUUGAGUGGCGAAGUUUGUUGUUGUGUGUUUUUUUGCAUCAAGGACACUUACUCAUGCCAGGUAAACACGAGUGACAAAGAGAACACAUUCCUCGCAACAUGUAUAGGAGAGAGAGUGACAGAUCUUUCCACACACACACACAUACACACACACACACAGAUGGACAGACACCUACACACACACACCAAACACCUCACCACUUCAGUUAUCACACACAGACCAACAAUACGCAUUUUUCUCCUUGCUGGUGUCUUCAAGAGGAGGAGAACUUGGCGGGAAUAGAGUACGUGUAACAAAAAGAAGCAAACGUGGAAGUACUGCAACUACUAACUGCCAACAACAAAAUGAUUUAUAACAAUUUAGCUCUUGCCAGCAUAGCCUGCAACACACACAUUGGACAGCACCGAGAUAGCACCAAAACACUAAAUCGCACCAAAAAACAGAGCAUAGAGUAACUUUUUUCUCCCGUCAAUAGAAGUUUGAGCCUCGUAUUUAGCAACGAUCUGAUGUGUGUUUGCAGUUACUAUCUUAGGCUUUCAUAGGGGUUAGACAUCGUAGAGGACUAUUUGCUCAGCUGUCUAUUUGGAAACACGAAAAUAAGGCUUUGUUGCUCUAAUCGCGCCUAGAACACAGCCUUCCAGUCCACCGCCGUCACUCUUGCUGGCCUGAGUGUGGCAGAGACUGGCUGUGUUCCUUCGUGAUGGAUGUAUACCUUUGACACUUCCUCUUUCCACCUAUUCUGUCUGUUUCUAAAUGGACAGACUGAUGUACUUUAGGGAUCGUAGAAACCAUAGAUUUGUCCUAGUACACACACACACACACACACACACACACACACACACACACACACACACACACACACACACACACACACACACACACACACACACACACACACACACACACACACACACACACACACACACACACACACACACAUGGCUUGCCUAACAAAGCAUGGUUACCUAUCAUCUCUUGAUUAUCUCAUUCUUGUCUUUAUCUGUAUGUUUAGAGAAAAGAUGAUAAAAAGAGAAAAAAAUUAUUGUUCUAUUCAGGUGAUAGUGCUUAAUCUCACACACACACACACACACACACACACACACACACACACACACACACACACACACACACACACACACACACACACACACACACACACACACACACACACACACACACACACACACACACUUUAAGAAUCGCGCCUCAUUUCAGCAUUUUCCUUUUUUUAUUUCAAUUAAUAUUUUUAGCAGGUUAAUUAGCCCCCACCUCCACCAUAAUGUUCUUUGAGAGAUAAUGUACAAUAAUCACAUGUACUACAUAAUUAUUAAUACAGUAUUUUUACUAAAGUUU